AUGACGGAUGAAGGUGACAACAGUCUCGACAAGAUCGUUCUGAUCUUUACGAUUAUCCGCGGCGAGAAGGAAUUUGUUGACGACUUUGUCAAUAUCUCGGAGAAUCAGAGAUAUGCGUUCACUCCACCAGAUUCAGACCAUGACCCCGAAAGGCUUUGGAAAGGUGUGGAAGCCUUUGAUCUUGUGCCAGUGCGUGAGCCCGAACCACCAUGGUUAAUUAUGGAAUGGGUUCCUGACGACCUGCGCUCACUUCUGCCUCUUGAAAAUGAUCAAAAACCCAUUCUCUUGGGUGACGUGAGCGCCGGCCUCGCCUUUAUGCAUCUCAACGGAUACGCGCAUCGUGACCUCAAACCGGAGAAUAUUCUCAUUCGCUGGGACCAUUCGAUGAAGCGCAAUGUUGCAAAGAUCACCGAUGUCGGUGUGUCGAAGUACCACGCUGCAAGCCAUAUGCAUACCUUCGUGGGAUCUGCUGUGUAUGCGGCCCCUGAAAUAUGGGAAACUGAGCGGCGCUACACGCAUACUGUGGAUCUGUGGUCGUUUGGUAUAAUUGCUCUUGAGCUGCUGGUUGAAUGCGAAUUUACUCACGAGGGACUGUCGGAAUCUCGAUUCCAAAGUUGGGCAUCAGAGUCAGUUUGGCCCAGGGUGGAACUGGCACCAACAGAAUUCUCGCCACUACUGAAAGGUCUGUUGCAAACCGACCCGGAAAAGCGAUGGACAGCUGCCAAGGCCGAGAUGUGGCUUACAAAGUAUGUCGGGCCGAGUGGAAAUGAGGUGAACGAUUCUGAAGGAGAUGAUGUUUCAUCCAUUAGCAGCUUCAAGCGGAGUCGCAACCACACCUUAUCAACUACUCGGGCAGAGGCAGCAAAGAACAACUCGCUGCCCGAUACCGAACCUUGGGGUUCGCCUAUUUGA